UGCUGAUAACUAUGAGACUGAUCCAUGUCUGAAAGAGAUUCGGAGAGCAGAAAAUUAUUCGUGGAUGGAUAUAAUAACCAUACAUAAAGACAAGCUUCCAAAUUACGAGGAAAAGAUAAAAACAUUUUAUGAAGAACAUUUACACCUAGACGAUGAAAUUCGCUACAUCUUAGAUGGAUCUGGCUAUUUUGAUGUUCGAGACAAGGAUGACAAAUGGAUCCGGAUUUCCAUGGAAAAAGGAGACAUGAUAACCCUCCCUGCCGGCAUAUAUCACCGAUUUACACUGGAUGAGAACAAUUACGUGAAGGCAAUGAGGCUAUUCGUUGGAGAACCCGUCUGGACAGCAUACAACAGGCCAGCUGAUGAUUUUCCUGCUCGGAAACAGUAUAUGAAGUUUUUGACUGAAGAAGCACAGUAAUGGUCUCUGAGACCAGACAGGUGGAACAGCCUGAAGCCCUGUCAGAAUAAAUGUGAUUGAUGGCUUUUCACUGAUCAGAUCGUCUAUUUACAUACACUGUUGGAAUCACAGAAUCAUAGAAAAAUUUAGGUUGAAAGGUUGUUCGGAAGUCAUCUAGUUCAACACUCUGCAAAGUAUCAGGCCAACUUUAAAGCUAGACCAAGUUGCUCAAGACCUUGAGGUUUGGAAACCUCUGGUGGUGGAGGUUCCACAGUCUGUCUGGGUGCGUGUUCCAGCACUUAGCUGCUCUCACGGGCAAGCAUUUGUUCUUCAUGGCCAACUCUGUGGUCACAGCUUGCAAUUGUUGUCUCUUGCCCUUUCAUUGAAUGCCUGAGAAGAGCCUGGCUCUGUCUGCUCUGCAGCCCCUUCUCU